AUGGAAACAUGGUUCAUUGCACUACUCUCGCUCUUCAUCAUCUUCCUCAUCAAAGCCACUGUCUCCACCCUCAUCACCACCGCCAAAACCGCCGCACUCCCUCCCGGUCCACUCCACAUCCCCGUCUUCACAAGCAUCCUAUGGCUCCGAAAAUCCUUCGCCCAGCUCGAACCUUUCCUUAAAACCCUCCACACCAAAUAUGGUCCUAUCAUCACUAUCAGAAUCGGUUCUCGAGUUUCUGUUUUCAUCUCCGACCGUUCUCUUGCACACGGCGCUCUCAUUCAUAACUCAUCAAUCUUCUCCGGUCGUCCUAAAGCACUUCCCACCGGAAAACUCAUGUCUAGCAACCAACAUAAUAUCAGUUCAGCUUCUUAUGGUGACACGUGGAGGACCCUUCGUCGUAACCUCGCUUCCGAGAUGCUUCAUCCUUCGAAAAUCAAAUCUUUCUCAGAAAUCCGGAACUGGGUCCUUGACAUUCUCGUCAACCAUCUCAAAACCGCUUCAGAGUCGGAGUCCUUUCCCGUUGUUCCUCACUUUCGUUAUGCCAUGUUUUGUUUACUUGUUUUUAUGUGUUUUGGUGAAAGAGUUAACGAUGAGAAAAUCAGUGAAAUUGAAAAUGAAGAAAGGGCACUUCUGUUGAGUAUAAGUAGAUUCACUAUCCUGGAUUUCUGGCCUGAAGUUACUAAGAUUUUGCUGCGGAAACGAUGGGAGGAGUUGUUGAAGUUGCGUAAGGAUCAAGAAAAUGUUUUGCUUCCGCUGAUAAGAGCGAGGAAGCAAAAUAAGGAAAGUAGAUUGAGUGAUGUUAACAGUGUUGUUUCUUAUGCAGAUACUCUUUUGGAAUUGGAGUUAAAGGAGGAGAAUCGCAAGUUGAGUGAAGAUGAAAUGGUUACUCUUUGUUCCGAGUUUUUGACUGCUGGCACGGACACAACCACCACGGCUUUGCAGUGGAUUAUGGCGAAUUUGGUGAAGUAUCCGAACGUGCAGAGAAAACUUGUGAAGGAGAUUGGAGAGGUGAUUGGUGGUGAUGAUAAUGGAGUGAAGAAGGAAGUGAAAGAGGAAGAUUUGCAGAAACUUCCUUAUCUGAAGUGUGUGGUUUUGGAAGGAUUGAGACGUCAUCCACCUGCGCAUUUUGUGUUGCCUCAUGCGGUGACAGAAGAUGUGGUUUUGAAUGGUUAUUUGGUGCCUAAAGAUGGGACGGUGAAUUUUAUGGUGGCGUAG